GGAGGGUAGCUGUACGGAGCCCCCUCCCCCGGGGCGGUACUCUCCUGACGCAGGAAAUGAGCCGGCUGACUCAGAAAAUGUCCGCCCUGCAGCUUUCCUUCACUCCGCUCAAGGAGCCCCUGGGAUUUAUCAAGGUGUUGGAGUGGGUUUUCUCAAUCUUCUCAUUUGCUACCUGUGGAGGUUAUAGUGGAAAAACAGACUUGUCUUUGUCUUGUGCUAAUGAGUCAUAUCAUCUUAACAAGACCAUUGAGGCUACGUUUAUGUACCCAUUUAGGUUAAGUAAUGUUAUAUUUCAAGGGAUAUCAGGAGACUUCUGUGGGUCACAAUGGAAGGAUUUUCAUCUUACUGGAGAUUAUUCAUCUUCAGCACAGUUCUAUGUAACUAUUGCAGUGUUUGCCUUUCUGUACUCUAUGGGUGCCCUUGUGUUGUACCUUGGCUUCAGGCAACUCUAUGAAAACUCUCCAAAACUGCCAUUGAUUGAUUUCAUAAUUACAGUCAUCUUUGCCUUUAUGUGGCUGGUCAGUUCUUCUGCAUGGGCCAAAGGUUUAACAGACAUCAAAUUAGCAACAAGUCCACAAACUAUAGCUGAGUAUCACUGUAAUAAAACUAUGUAUAAGUGUAGCCCUGGGACCGAGUCGCACAUGGGAAGUCUUAACAUUUCUGUGGCCUUUGGAUUUCUGAAUUUGAUUUUGUGGGCAGGAAACGCUUGGUUCGUAUACAAAGAGACCAACCUACACACUGCACCGCCAGAAGAUGGCACUCAAGGUCCUGGCAAUAUCCCAGCUCCGUCAUCGAUGUAAUAAAAGCAUUACAUGAAGCAAAUGUCUAUUUC